CCCUAACUACACAUUCAUAACCAUUCUCUCUCCCUUCUCUCUCCCACUCUCCUCCUCCUCCUCCUCCUCCUCCUCUUGCACAAUUUACCACCUCCAAACUCGACAAUGGCGGCCUCCGCAUCGACCGCCUCCUUCUCCACGACGUCCAUCACUUCCCAUCUCAACUCCAAGCUUCUCUCCUCCGACGCUGCCGCUCUUCUCCGCGUCCCCUGCCCCCGCCGCUGCAUGCCGAGCUUGACCCUUCUCAUGGAGAAUCUCUCCAUGCCCUUAGCUUCACAUAAGAAGGGCUUUGCGAAAAUCUCUGCGGCGGUGGCUCAGCAAGAAGCCGUGGCAGAGGUCGGGGAGCAGGAGGCGGCGGCAGCAGCAGCAGCAGCAGCGACCGACGAUGGCAAUGAAGAGGAAGAUCAGGUUGCCGCUGUCGCAGCGCAGAACACUAAACUGUACUUUGGUAACUUGCCGUAUAACUGCGACAGUGCGCAAUUGGCCGGAAUCAUCCAAGAAUACGCGAGCCCGGAGAUGGUUGAGGUUCUCUACGAUAGAGAAUCCGGACGAAGCAGAGGAUUCGCCUUUGUUACCAUGAGCACUGUCGAAGAUUGCGAAGCAGUCAUUCAGAAUCUUGAUGGAAGUCAAUACGGUGGUCGGACAUUGAGGGUGAACUUCUCCGACAAGCCGAAGCCGAAAGAGCCCUUGUACCCUGAGAGUGAAUACAAGCUCUUUGUAGGCAAUCUCUCUUGGUCAGUCACCUCGGAGAGCCUGACCCAAGUGUUUGAAGAAUGCGGCAAUGUGGUCGGAGCUCGGGUUCUCUAUGACGGAGACACAGGUCGAUCACGCGGUUAUGGCUUUGUUUGCUAUUCCUCCAAGGAAGAGAUGGACACGGCCCUCCAAACUCUCAACGGAGCGGAAUUACAAGGCAGAGCUAUGAGGAUCAGCUUGGCUAUGGGGAGGAGAACUUGAGAAAGGGAAAGAAUAACGGGUGGGAAAAUAAUGCAAGAUAUGCAGAUGAUUGUAUCAACUUCGACAUGUAAAAAAAAAAAGAAAAAAGACAUGCUUAAUGCAGAUCCUUGCGAAGAGAGAACAGUGGAAUAGCUACUCUUUUGAAUCUUGCACGUCUCAUGUAUAAUCUUUGAAUUCCUACAAGCCUGUACCCAUCACUGGUAGUGUUGGCAUAUAGAAAUUAGUUGCUACUUGGUUGCAUUAUUUAGAGGAAAAGGAUCUUAUUAUAUGAGGUCCAAGUGUCUAUGUUCUAAAAAUUUAUGAUUCAGUGUUUUCUUUUUUCGCUAUGC